AUGGCUUUUCAACUUGGUCCUUCGGUUGCUGUUCUCUUGACUCUUAUUAUAUUUUUCCUUUGCCUUCUUACCUUUGUUGGUGUCCCUCAUACUGACCUUUCUCAAGACAAAAGUCGUUGGUUAAAAUAUCCUGCAUGGCAUCCUCCUCUCAUAGGACGCGAUGACAACAAAACCGAUGGUGGUUUAUUUUUCUCCUCUCUUAUCAUAACGUUCGGCUGCAUUAUAACCGCAAAGGUGACCGCAAAUCCUCCAACUUCUCAAAAACUCCAAUCUGUUUUUGUCAGUGAAACCGAACAUGGCCCUAAAAAAGUUUCGGCUUACGGCUUUAAUCGUCUUUUAAUUCUUUAUAGUUUUAUUACCAUGUUGACCUUGUUUUCAAUUAUUAUCCUUGAUGUUGGUAAAAUUUGGGCGGCUCUUGGUAUCACUCAUAAUGCCUCCGAAUUUACGAUUUUGGUUUUAAUUGGCUCUGGUGGAAAACUUAAAAGUAAUCUUUUUUGGGGACUUUUAUGCUGCUAUUGGUUCUUUGUUUAUCUUGGUUCUCUUUUGAUAGAGUGGCCUUUUGAUGCUAAUUUUAAUCAUGAAAACGUACCUCUUACUAGGGAUGAUGUUCAUCAUGAUGGGCCAGAACCUCAUCAUUCACAUGAUCAUCCACAUGAUCAGUCACAUGAUCACACACAUGAUUUAGAAGAUGAAUAUGAAGUUAUUCAUCAUCCACGUCAACUUCUGCUAUUAAUUCUUGCUUCAGUCUUUCAUAAUAUUGGUAACCUCACUGCCACUGUUUCUUUUGAUGAAUUACUUCCUUCACUUUUAACAUCGUUAACCUACGGUGUCACUUAUCCUGCUUACUUGUAUUAUGUAUAUGUAGACACUUUCAGUAUAAGUAUUUAUCCACAAAAACUUAUUUACUUGCCUUCCACUCCUGGUUGGAAAAAAUUUAUCAUCGCCACGAUAUCAAUUUGUUGUUCGCUAUUAACUGUUCGUUUAGGUGCAUUUUUGCAGGCUAGAAAAGAUAAUCAUGGCGAUGAUAUUACUGCUGUUUAUUAUUAA